UUCUACUUCGACUUGGCCAUGGUGAUGAAAUCUCAACAGAUGGCCUUGACAGCUAAGUACACAACUUCACACGUUGAGUUGGCAGAGCCGUUCAGGCAGUUCACAACUUGUCAGAUGGAAAGGCAUUUCUAAAACAUUAAAAAUACAGAAUUUUUAUUUACAUUAUGUAUUUAUAUACGUGUCCGCUUCAAUUUAAUCGAGUUGGUGAAUAAAGCAUUCAGGCCCAUUUUCCAACAAAGACAAAUUAUUUUGGUAUUGUGUGGCUACACUGCAAAAUAUUUAAUAGAAAGGUAAAUGGUUGGGUAAAUGUAUUUACGUCGGAAUUUAAUGGUACGAUUUGAUAGGGUUAUUAUCAGCUGUUGCUCAGAGUGGUGAAAUGUGAAUUGACGUGGAAAAUGAAAUCGCCUCGCUUGCAGUUACGUCAAAUAAUACUAUGUGUCGAUUGUAAAAAAAAUUUUUAAACGACAGUUACGGAUUGCUUGUAAAAUUGAAAAGCAGAAUUCCAUACUGAAUUAUUUUACUUUAUUGAAAUCGGUCAAAGAAAAAUCUUCUCUUUGAUAGCUUCUGAAUGGCUAGAUACUUUGUGCAUUUACAAUUAAUGCAAUGAAUUUUCUCAGGUAACCCCGAAAUAAUUUCCUAGUGUUUUUUUUUUUUUAAUCUGUAUAAAUACUUAUCUGUAAUUGGAAUUGCCUGAAUGACUAGAGACCAUAAUGGAUAACCAGAAUACAAACGCUGUUGAUCACCCUUCAUUACGUAAUUACUUUUCUCAGGAUACUUCAGUAUCACAAGCAUCCACUUUUUUUGACCGAUUGCCAUCUGCAAAUGGCCCAGCAAUGAUGACUAGUGUGCGAGAAAGUGCAUCCUCACACGAUUUGUUUAAAGCUGCGAAUAGUCAGUCAUUUCCCAUCCAGUCUUCUCUAUCAACACCUCUUACUUCUGCAAUGACAACGGUGUCUUCGACAACCAUCAUGGAAAACUUUCGACAGCCUCUCAAAACAGACAGCGAUUGUAAGCCGGAGCAGGGUGCAGACUUGGUCCCGGAUGUCAGUAAUGGUUUAGACUGCAAAACUUUGGUCAAGGAAGAGCCUGUUGUUUGCAAAAUUUUCUCUCAAGAAGCCUGUAAAAACUCUGACAAAAAUUUUUUUGACUUGAUCAGCCCUGCCUCUAAUCAACAGUUUGCAACAUCAGCACCUCCAUCGAAACCAAGUUUGGAUCUGAUAAUACCUGGGCUAUCAACAAGCGUAGCCAGCAGUAUGAUGACCAGCCCAGACUUCUCCUCCACGACGGGUGGAUCAUUCCCGACAUCUUCACCUCUUGUGACCCCCACACCUCCCGGCGAGAUGCUGGAGCCGAUCCUAAGUGACAGUGCUUUUGGAAAAAGUUCCGGUGCUCACCCGAGUGAAGUGGACAGGCGGAGGGAUGCGUGGAUACCGUGUGAUCGCACCAGACAAGCGCUAAUCGCAGUGGCAACCUCGUCGCCCGGGAGCUACACUCCUGACAGAGAGCUGCUGACAAUGCCUGGUGUCGUCAUGGAAGGUAACAUGGUCGACACUGUCCAUGAGUUCGUCAAUCACCUCCUGGGAGAAGCGGAGGCAGCCAAGCGCCAAGUCCUCACCGCCAACGACGUGACACAAGAUGUACGUGGUCUGCGGGAGCUCAUCCAGGCAGGUUGUUACAGAGCGGCUGUCAACCUCACGAGUCAGCUGCUGACAAUCUACGGCCAAGGAGUCGGCAGGUCUGGACACCCCAGCAAGCACACGGUCCACUCUAUACAGCUGUGGUUCACCCGCAUCGCCCUCCUGGUGAAGCUGCGGUCGUUCUCGUUGGCGGAGUCGGAGUCGGAGCCGUUCGGGGACCUGGACCGGCCGGACCUAUACUUCCAGUUCUACCCGGAGCUGCACGGGGGCCGGCCGGGCUCCAUGGCGCCCUUCGCCUUCCGCCUGCUGCUGGCCGAGCUGCCCCAGUACACGGGCAGGCACCGCGAGGCGCUCUCGCGGCUGCACGCACUGCUCGCGACUACACGCAAGAUCAUCAAGAAUCUAGCCAGUGGUUUGUGCGAGGAUGGCAGCCGCAUAGAGCUGAGCCCCAGCGACAGAGCUGAAUCAAAGAAACUGUGGGUGAGCCGUGAAGUGCGAGUGUUGCACUCAAUCGUGAACUGUGCAAUUUACCAGAAGGAUUUCAGCCUGGCCGUGGAGCUGAUGGAACUGAUACUCGGCUCGUACGACUGGCCGGGCCUCCAGAGGCGCGACCUGCACUCCGCCCUGGGCAGGAUAUACCUCCAGCUCGGCGACCUGGCUGGGGCAGAGAAGAACUUUGCAGUGGCAAGGGAGCUCCGGCAUCAACAACGGGGCUCACUCCCUAGUGAGCCUGACUUGCGAGACCUGGUGGACAAAGGUCUGAUGGCGGUAGCCGAUAACAACUUCCAAGAGGCUCACGAAUAUUUCCAGAAGGCGUUAGAAAUAGAUCCAGCUAACAUCAUGUUGCUGAACAACAUGGGUGUGUGCCUGCUGUACCUGGGCCGCCUGAAAGAGGCCCUUGCACUGCUGGAGGGUGCGGUGAACAACAACCCUACGCAGGGCUUGCACGAGAACCUUCUGCUCAACGUCUGCACACUGUAUGAGCUGGAGAGCUCCUUCAGCAACCAGAAGAAGCUGAGCCUGCUGAGGCAGCUGAGUCAGCACAAGGGAGAUGGCAUGUGUGUCAGUUGCCUCAAGCUGCAGAUGUGAAUUGCACCAACACUUCUGAUGCCUGCUGCUGUGAUCUUACAUCAUCCCCGUAUCUCUUUCAUUUUCAUCUUUCAAAAAUUAAUUAUUCUAAGUGGUCAUUAAUUUUGUUGUUUUAUGCCGGGUGUCUGUGGGUCACGAAAAUCACAAAAAAUCUAAAAAAAAACUGAAUGACUGGUCACAAAACUUAAGCAGUCUUACCAUAUUUCAUUUUGUUUUUUGAUGCCUUCACAUCAGUUUAUAGUCACACAUUAAAUAUAAAUAUUUGCAGACUUUAGAAUAUAGAUUGUAGAAUUCGAUCAUGUGGAAUAUGUCUGAAAAUAUUUGGCUUUAGCCUUAACAUAUUAUUCACAGGAACAUGCUGAUUUUUAUCUUUAUUUAAUACAUUUAAUUUUGCUUAUUAAAUAUAAAAAAUUACCUUGUGAUGUGGAAAAGUUGUAAGAAAUUUUAUAAUAAGAUCCUGAAAAGUGCCGAAAUCAGUUCACCAGGUGUUCAUAGAUUAUCUGCAUAUUUUGUGUGUAUAUAUGUUCAUUUAUUUUGUAUUCAUAUGUAUUUAUUUGACUGUAUAAAUGAAAAUGUGUGUUCAA